CUUUGGCAAAGAACGUAGAGUAUUAACAAAUUUUAAAAACUGAAGACUUUUUAAAAUGUUUAAAAUAAUUUCGGCUUUAUUACUAAUUGUCUUGGGGACGAUGGCAAAUGUAGAGAUCCAAAAUGUAGAACUCUACACUAAUGUGAUUACAUAUAAUACAACAUUACGUACUGAUGUAUACAUCAAUAUGAAUAGACAACAAUAUGCUAAAAAUAUCCAAGACUAUGAAACCCAAAUUGAGGUAUUUAAACAAUCAUAUGCCAGCAGUCUUGACACGAUUAACAUACGACAGGACAUGCUAAUCGACACUCUCGUUCAGACUGAACAAAAACUAAAUCCCCUGGAAAUUGUAAGUAAUUUAAGCCAGAUAUGUGUUUCCAAAUAUCGCAACUCAAUACCAACCGUGGCUGCUACCAAAACUAAACUAAACAAUUGUGUUAACACGGCCAACCAACAACUUAAUAGUAUGCUUAGUAAUCCCUUAAAUACCAAAACUUCAUUGGAUAACUAUUACAGGAAUACCUUUGAAAGAGAUAUUGCCGCCUGUCAGAAAACAUAUAAUACAUUACCUUUAAACUACACAAUGUGUGUUACAGAUGUGGUUGACAGGGCUAACACUUACACAAUCAGCAAUCAAAAGAAUUUUGCCACACAAAUGGAUGCUGCCGAAUGCUCAGCUAAAGCUAAUAUCAAAAAAGCUUUGGACUGCAGUUAUAUAGUUGAAAAGCAGACCAUUUCCUCUAUUGCCGAGGCCGAAACUUUAAUUCAGAAAUGUCUAGCAGGUCAAGAUGAUUGCAAACAAUGUAAACAAACUUAUGCAUGCUCCGAAGUUCAUGAUAUGAAACGUUAUGAAGUCAGUUAUAGUAGUAAAACUAUGGAAAAUCCUUUCUAUGGGCGUAGUGAUAUCAAAAAUUGCCUAAUGCUACGAAUUCAUUAGAAAAUUGAGUAUUAAAUUAUUUUAUCAGACUUAAAAUAAAUGCUAAAUAGAACUCUAUA